AUGCUUAGGGAACGGAGAAAGGCCGAUCGCAGCGCGAAGACACGCCCAGAACCGGAGUCGCUAGACGAAGACGAUCGUAAUGCAAGAACCCAUUUCACCCUGUUGGAUGUGUUGCGUAUGGUUGGCGGACUAGUCAUACUUGGGCUCUUAACCGGGAAAUUCAUGACCGGAUCAGUGACUUGGGAUUACUGGACAAAAUCCAGUCCUGUCGGAGAUUUGACGAUCCCAUCUGCUUACUGGAGCGGCCAGGAACUGCCGCUGGCGUUUUCCCUGGAGCAACUGCACGAAUUCGACGGAUCGAGGCCAAAAACUCCAGUUCUGCUUGCCAUUCAAGGCCAGGUUUUCGACGUCAGUCGCAAAAGCGGUUUGUAUGGGCCCCGGGGUCCGUAUCAUCGUCUGGCUGCCACAGACUGCUCUCGCGCCUUCAGCUACCGUUUGUGGAGCAUGCAGGGCCUCCGGGAGCCCUGUAGUAGUGAUUUGAACGGGCUGUCAGACAGCGCUCGUCAACGGGUAGCUGAAUGGACAGAGUUUUUUCAAACGCGAUAUCCAUGUGUUGGAUAUCUCACGGGCUCUGAACCUUGA